GAAAGUCGAAGCCUCUCUCCUCUCUCCACAGAGUUUUGCUUCUCUCUUCCUCUUCAUAGAACUCAUCUUCACCUUAAAAAAAGUUGUCAAACCUCAAACCUUUCUUCAUUGCUUAAAUGGAUUGCUGCUUCUUGACCUUCAAACAUCAGAAGCUAAGCCAAAACAGACUCUUUCUCCUGCAUUUUGAAUUCCCAUAUGCAGGAUUUUGCCAAUUGGGAAGCUCAAGGUUAGACUUUUUUACAGUUGUUUAGUAAUUUUAUUACUACCUUAUGUUCUUAUCUGUUUUUGUAAGAUUGUGUGAAAUUCAAUGUGGGUUGAUGUUGAAACUUGAAGUAUCAAGAUAAUCUGAUUUAUUUUUUGGAAAAAUUGAUGACACAGUGAUGUUUUUUUGAUCUUGGAUGGUGUAAGGCAUGUAUAGCUUGAUUUCUACCAGCUUCAGUGCUGUCAGUGAAAAUCUAUGUCAAGUUCGAUGCAUGUGUUUGGUUUCUUGAAUUUGAUUGUAAUUCUGGAUUUGGGUUUGUUAAAGUUGUGAACUUGUCGAUUUGUUUGAUAAGGUGUCGUGGAUGAUACCGAAUGGCAUAGGAGCUUAGUUGUCAUAAAGGGUUGGAUUAUUGUGGAUGUUACAGUGAAUUUUGUGGUUAAGUUUUGAUUGAUCGGAAAAUAAGUUAUAGCAUGAAAAAUGCUUGGGGGAUAGGUCAGAGCUACCUGGGAUCUAAGUUACGCUUUGGAGUUGACAAAUGGGUGUUUAAUGUAAGUUAAGAAAGCUUCUAAAAUUGAUGUUCUGUCAAGUUGGAAGUGAUUUCUUUGUUGAAGUGUCGUUGAUGGAGUGGUCUGAAAGGGGGAAUCCUUGAUCAAGGUCUUUGCUCGUGUUAAAGAACAAUUUGGGUUCUAUCUCAGUCUUGCUCCGUGCUUUUCAACUUGGUACAGGGGAAGAGAAAAAGGUCCGAGUCGUUUCAUUCUGCUUUUAGUAGCACAUGUACGUGCAGGACCACUACUGCUGACUGUGGCGCUUGAAUAUCCUAAAAUAGUUCAUGCUCUUCUUUCUUGCUUAUGUUCAUGACAGUUGAUGGUUAUUGGCUGUCGUGCCCUAUAUUUAGCAUGUUAAGACUCAGGACAUAGUUCUUAGAUUUGCACACUUGAGCUUAUUUCAUCAAGAUGGGUGCCAUGUUCACGAACCAUCACUGGAAGGCCAGAUAUUAGGUAUAAUGUAGAACUAAAUGCCCUCUGAUUUCAUUAUGGAUGGUUAUGAAUAUAAGCCAAUGAUUUGGUUAGGACUUGGGAGUACAAGCCUUAUUUAUUAUUUACAGGGCGAUCAAAAUAUCACCUCACUCAUUCAGAUUUUUGAGACAAUUAUAGCUGAUCAAGCUGGAGUGCUGCCUGUUGUAGUUGGAAAUAUCUGGAGGAAGCUCAUGAUUUUAUUUUGUUGAUGAUGUCAUUAGCUUUCAUCUGCAAUAAUGAAAUGGGUCAUAUGUGCCCAUUAGAUUCGGCGAGUGCUUUCACUUUACAUGGCCUCUCAUCCCCGUCGACUUCUUGCGCUGGUGCAGCAUUAUGCAAAUUCUUUGAAGAGCAAAAUGCGGAUUUGGAAGUAUUUCUGCUCUAGCGUGUACACUGGGCAAUCUCAUUGGCGUGGAUCCAUAGUGGCAAUUUUCUUGCCGGUGCAAUGCUAUUGGGAGGUUACUGCAAUUUGGCAUGCACACAUCAAUUUGCAGCUAACGAGUCCAAGUCUUGGUCUUUCUUUCCACAGCACCAAGGAUCUUUCCGCUGAUAGAAUUGGAAUUUGCAAGUUUUUUGGGACCAGGCAGCUUCUGCCAAUGUUUUCUGUGGAUUUUUCUUCAAUUCCUUCGUGUUUUGUGCACAUGCAUCUCAGUUUGUUUGUUAGGUUUAAAUUUCUGUCUCCCAUACCUGUAAAUAACUCGUUGGAUGAGGAUGAUGAGGAUGAUGAUGUAAUGAUGAGCGGAAGUAAAGUAGAUCAAUCAUGCACGACCAUGAAAACAGAUUUUGCUCUGAAAAUUACAGCUGUGCCUGAAAUUGAUAAUUCUGGGAGUAAGGCAGUUGUACAUCCAUCUGUUAGAGCUUCCAAGUUAGCUGGUCGAAGCACCCAGUACAGAAAUGGAUUAAAUUCCCGUGGUAUUCAGAAAAGAAGGAGCUCACUCAGGAGAGGGAGACCUAGAAAUUCUGCCAUAGCUGGCCUGCACAAAGCUAGCGGUGCUUUGGUUUCUGAUUUGAUUAGUAGUAGAAGAAAAGGUAUACCUUUCUCUUCUGUUGUGUCUAAGAACAAACUUAGAAGGUCAGUUCGAAGUAGCCCUGCAGCAAACAUCAAAGAGAUGAAUUCUGCUGCAGUUGGAGUGAAGAAGGACAUGAAUAUGUCUAGCUGCUCUGCAAAUAUACUGGUUUCCGAAUCAGACAGAUGUUACAGGAUAGAAGGGGCCACUGUCAUGUUUGAAUUCACUGGUUCAAGGGAGUGGGUGCUUGUGGUGAAGAAAGAUGGGUUAACCCGAUACACCCAUCUGGCACAGAAAAGUAUGAGGACUUGUGCUUCCAACCGUUUCACUCAUGAUAUAAUUUGGACUGGGGAUGACAAUUGGAAGCUAGAAUUCCCUAACCGACAGGACUGGUUCAUUUUCAAGGAAUUGUACAAGGAAUGCUCUGAUUGCAAUGUUCCGGCUUCUGUUUCCAAGGUCAUUUCUGUGCCUGGAGUACGAGAAGUGUUAGGCUAUGAGAAUGGUGGCGGUGCUCCCUUUUUAAGACCAUAUGCUUACAUCUCUUCUGAAAAUGAUGAGGUAGCUAGAGCUUUGGCGAGGAGCACUGCAAGUUAUGACAUGGAUUCUGAAGAUGAGGAAUGGCUUAAGAAGUAUAAUAAUGACUUUUUAGCAGAAUCUGAUCAUCUUUCAGAGGAUAACUUUGAGUUAUUGAUUGAUGCUCUUGAGAAGUCAUAUUACUGCAAUCCAGAUGACUUCACUGAUGAGAAUGCAGCAGCAAAAUACUGUAAGGAUUUUGGUAGGAGGGAAGUGGCUGAAGCUGUGUACAGUUACUGGAUGAAAAAACGGAAACAGAAAUGUUCACCGUUGCUCCGAGUUUUCCAGGGGCAUCAAGCUAAGAAAACCCCAGUGAUUCCAAAACCUGUUCUGCGUAAGAGAAGGUCAUUCAAACGACCUCCCAGUCAAUUUGGAAGAGGCAAACAACCAAGUCUAUUGCCAGUAAUGGCUGCUGAUCAAGAUGCUUUGGAAGGAUAUAAUGCCAUGCAUAAAAUCGAAGAAGCUGAAAACUCAGUGAAGAGAUCUUUGGAAGCUGCCAUCCUCAAGCGUAGAAGGGCUCAGUUGCUCAUGAAGAAUGCAGAUUUGGCAACCUAUAAAGCUGCAAUGGCACUUAAAAUUGCUGAAGCUGCUCUUGUUGCCAGUUCAACUGAUGUUGCUGUCACCCAAUUGUGUGAUUGAUUGGUAAUGGCUAUUCCUGUUGCUACUACUAAUUGAGUUGAACCAAUAAUUACUACGGGAAGGACUGCAGCCCCAUUGCUGUUUUUGAUGCCUUUGGAGGACAACCCUAAGUAUUGUAAUUUUGUAUAGAUUUUGAUUGAAUGUACAUUCUGUAUCUGUAAACCUCACGCCAAAUGUUUUUACAAGGGAAUUUGGUUGAUGUCCUUGGAAAAAAUUCAAAAAAAAGAGAGAAAUUUUCAGGAAAUGUUUUUUACCUUAA